AUGGGCCUGUUCAACCGCGGGCGCAAGGGCGAGCAGGACGCCCUCCAGCUGCCCGCCAAGUUCGAGCUGAUUCGCGAGCUGGGCCGCGGCUCCAACGGGGUGGUGUACCUGGCGCGGGACAGCGCCGCCAGGGGCGCUCCCCAGGUUGCCGUGAAGCUCAUCGAGUGUAACAGCGCCACAAACGAGCGGAAGGUGACAGCGAUCCUCAGGGAGGUGUUCGUGCACAGCGCGGCCAAGGCGGCACACAUUGUGCCUGUCCUGGAGACCUUUCGGACGGGGACACAUGUGGGAAUCGUGAUGGAGUACAUACAGGGCGGCGACCUGCUGGAGUACAUCAACAAGAGGGGGCCGCUGCCAGAGAACCAGGCCCGCUGGGUGUUCCAGCAGCUGAUGUAUGCCGUGCGAUACGUACACCAAAAACUGGAGUCCAUGCACAGGGACAUCAAGCUGGACAACAUCAUGGUCCAUGACCCCUCUGUCGACUUCCCCAUGAUCUACCUCUGCGACUUCUCCUUUGCAAAGGCCCAUGGCACACCCCACGGCGACACCGUCUCCGUCGUCGGCUCCGCCGACUACUUUGCGCCCGAGAUCCUGCUCCGCAAGGCCCCCGACAUGCGCUACGAUGGCAUGGUCGCAGACCUCUUCUCCUGCGGGGUGUGCCUGUUCGUCAUGAUCUAUGGCCGGUACCCAAAAUCGGUGCUGAGAAAACGAUCAGAGGAUGACGUGUAUCAAUUUGGGCUGGAUGGGAUCGAGAUGGCGCUGCCCAAGAGGAGGCACGUGGGAAACGAUGGCAGCGAGGUGAGGGAGGUGAGCGCGGAGGCGCUGGCGCUGAUGGCGGGGCUGAUGCGGCCAGACCCGGCCAAUAGGUUGCGCAUGGAGGGCGUGUGGGCUGACCCGUGGUUCAGGAGGGAUCUGCCUCCGGGGGCUGAGGCGGCGUGGCGGAGGAGGGAAGGCGGUCGUGGUACUGGACCUUAA